AUACAGUAUAGCUUAAUCUCUUGUAUCCAACAUUAAAAACCUUUUCCGUAGAAACUGCCAAACACUUACAAGUUAAUAAUUCCUACUUACUCGGAAUUUAAUGAAAUAAAAAAGCUACUCGAUGUAAGGGCGUGGUUUAUAUACCCAAGUGUCUACAUGAUCGCGCGCGCUGCAUGCGGGUUAGCUAAAUGACGUAUAUUCGACAAAUGCUCAAGCGGUGAGUGAGAGACAGACUUUUCUGAUCAAAGCUCGGCUUCAUGCCAGGAACAGGGAAGAUGCAGGAAUCAAAGAGUGACGGUGAACCGACGGCAGAGGGAGCCGAGGAAGUUGCUAGCUCGGAGAGCGGGAAUUCGACAGUGCACGUCAAAGAUGGAGAAUCCGCCAAAAAAACUGAACCAGAGUCAACUAAAAUUAAAAAUGAACAAAGCGUUACUGAAGAAAAAUCUCAUCAAAAAACUGAACAGGAAAAUGAAGAUAUACCCGAAGAGAAAGGUGAAAAGAAAGCUGAGCAGGAAACUGGAAAUAAACCAGAACAGAAUAAAGACAAAAAAGGAAAGGAAGCUGAUGAUUCUGCAGCUGAAAAGUCCAAAAAUCUUCAAGGGACGGCGAAUAAAAGAACACACAGGUUUCGAAGUGAUCAAGAUCAAGCCAGCUGUACAAAAAGUUCCACUGGAGAAAACGAAGAACAAACUGCAACUGGAAAAGAGAAGGAAAAACGAAGUGGAAAGUACGAAAUCGUCAGUAUCCGGGAAAAACACAGCAACUUUCGAAAAGCUGUUCCGUUAAUGCCUCUACCUUUGUCAAUUUUUCUGUGUCUGCUCAAUGUUGGGAUUCCUGGACUUGUUGCAUAUCACAGCAGCAGAUGGAGCUACAGUAUCACGGAUGAGUAAAUUCCCAAUCACUCGACAGUGCAAUGCUACCAAGGUGUUGAGUUAUGACUGCGAAAUCGUGACCUUGUCUUAUAGCUAGACUGUUAUGUGAUCUAAAAGACAAAACAUUUCAACGAAAAGCGUCUUCAAUAUUCUUCAUGGAAGUAAAGAAGAAAUUUACACAUCAGAUGUUUAAAACAGUAACAUGUCAUAAAACUAUCAACAAAGUGCAAACAGUAGUUAAAAAAAUAGAACCCUUCUACACCAAAACUCUUCGCAGUGAAGCUGAGAAGAUAAUAAACAAACCAAAAUUUCAAAACUUCUAGUCACACCUCAAAAUUAAUAAUUGUUAUUAUGAGAAAAAUGGACGAAAAAACUGUGAAAAAUGUGUCCAGAUAUUUAGUCUAAGAUUGACAUUGCUAACCUUCUCAGAAGUUCGUUACAUUGAAAAUUGUGGUAUCAGUCAGUAACGCAUCAGAGUGAGCAUGACUGAAAGAGUUAGUUCCAAGGGUAUCAAACAGACUGGAUCAUCAUUAUUCUAGUACAAAUAACCGCAAUAUGUUCCUAUACGUAUGUUAAAGUACAAAUAACUGCAAUAUGCCCCUAUAUGUGUGUUAAAGUACAAAUAACUGCAAUACGCCCCUAUAUGUGUGUUAAAGUACAAAUAACUGCAAUAUGCCCCUAUAUGUGUGUUAAAGUACAAAUAACUGCAGUACGCCCCUAUAUGUGUG